UGUAUUGUCAGUUUUGAGCCAGACAUGGACAAACAAAGGAAUGUUGGAAUAUACUUCCCGGCGGAAAACAUGCAGGUGUUAAAGAAGGGGUCAUUUGAAGUCAGCUCUUCACGUGAAACAAGGAAACCACACUAUGCAAUGAGAAGCCUUAAGAUACGACAUACGAAAGCGACAGGGCGCCAUUCUGAGAAGACUCUGUCCCAUUUGCAGUUUACCGAGUGGGAUGAAAUGAAGAAUGUCCCUCUUUCUGUUGAAAACUUUCUCACCUUCCUGAAUGACGUGGAGGAAACAGCAAACAAACAGAAAGAUGGACCCAUACUUCUUCAUUGUUUUGAUGGAGCAGGCCGAACGGGUCUAUUCUGUGUGGUGUCAAUGCUGCUGAGGAAAAUGGCCAUAGAACACGAAGUUAGUGUUCUCAAUGCUGUUAGGAAAGUCAAGACCAUGCGACGACUGGCGAUUCCGAAUUUGGAUCAAUUCAUCUUCUGUCACGAGAGCGUCAUGGAAUACUUGCGAGCAUUUGACAAGGAUGUGUAUGCUAACUUCGCUGGUUCAAAUGAAUAGAGACCAUGAAUUAGGAGCAUGGAUAACAAAAACAUAUAAAUUCAGAACGCUUGUUUCAUACAAAAAUGACGCUGUUGCAUUUGUUAUUUCUUAUUUUUUGUGCUAUUAUUUAUAUCAUACACUUACAGAUUUAAAACACAA